CACUGUCACCCAGCACGCACCGGGACUCCCAGCAUCCUCCCCAACAUCCUCGGGAAAAUUGGACACACACCGCUGGUUCGUUUGAACAAAAUCCCAAAGGAAUUUGGACUCAAGUGCGACAUUUAAAUUCGAGACACCUCUGGCCUGUAACAACAGCAUUAUUGUUCCUGGAAGAGAAAGUUAGCUGACAAGUUUCCUGUGUUCAGUGGGGCUGGAAAAAAACCAAGUGCUGGCUGAAUGCAGCUGUAGUUCAGCAACAGAAGAUUAGAGUGUGAAGUCUUAUUUAGUAUAGCCUGUUGUCUUUGGGUACAAGCCAGUCUUCUUUCAGGGAAUAAAUCAUGCAGUCAAACACGGAAGUAGAACAGCUCUCAUUGCUUUUAUCAGGGGCUGUUAAUGCCGCUGCUUCCCUGUUGGCUUCCUGCUUACCUGUUAAGAAGGGAACAUUAAGGUAUCAUGUCGCUCGUGGCCUUAUGUUGCCCACUGUGUGACCGUUGGGGAUUUGUCUUAGGAGACGGAUGGAAAAGUGAAAAUGAGCGAGUCGUUCUUUUGACCAACAGAGAAAAGCACAGCUGCAAUUAAAAUGAAACUUGAAAACAUUAAGGGGUUUUGCUACUUCAUGGAACCUCAGCUGCACCAUCUCGAACUGGCAGCUCACUGAGGUUUUUGGGUUCAGUGAGGAUGAAACAGAGGAAUCAGAGGCAUCAUUUUAAGCCUCCUAAUAAAAUCCCUUUUAUACUCUCUUAAACUGAUAAAAGCGAAAUUGUAGUUUGUUCCCAUGGCUUAAUGAGACAAAGGAUUUUACACUCAAUACUUGUCUGGCUUUCACAUGACGGGGAUUACUCUCUAGUUCCCUCCACAGUUACUUGUAGCUGUCCCAAAUUUGUAGUAAUUAGCAGGUGUUAGUGCACUUUGAGAACUGUGACUGUGUUUGUCUGUGAAAAGUAGAGGGUGUGUGUUAAUGAGAAGUUCUGGACUUUUGGACGACCCAGUGCCUUCCCCAAAUAUAAUGUCCAAAAUUAGUUCAGCUCGGUCAAUUUGCAUAAUCUGCUUGACACUGGUCAGUUUUCACCGGUGGGCAAAGUGCAGUUAAGGGCUCUAAAUCAAUUUUAAACACAUCCAAUGACUCAGUUCUUUUAUAUGUGUGCCUAUGUUUAGUGGCCAAGUGUGAGUUCUUCAAUGCAGGAGGCAGCGUGAAAGACAGGAUCGCCCUGCGGAUGUUGGAGGAUUCCGAGAGAGCCGGGAUCCUCAAACCAGGAGACACAAUCAUCGAGCCCACCUCUGGAAACACAGAAUGCGGCCUGUACGCAGGUAUUGGCCUCGCCCUCACAGCUGCGGUGAAAGGCUAUCGCUGCAUUAUCACCAUGCCUGAGAAGAUGAGCAUGGAAAAGGUGGAUGUGUUGCGAGCUCUCGGGGCAGAAAUUGUGCGCACACCUACAUCUGCAGCUUUCGAUUCACCAGAAUCUCACAUAGGUGCCGCGUGGCGUCUAAAGAAUGAGAUCCCCAACUCCCACGUCCUCGACCAGUACCGCAAUCCCAGCAACCCCCUGGCUCACUAUGACACCACAGCUGAGGAGAUACUGGAGCAGUGCGAUGGUAAAUUGGACAUGUUGGUGGCUGGAGCCGGCACAGGUGGUACACUCACAGGUGUUGCUCGGAAGUUGAAGGAGAGGUGUCCCAACGUCAAGAUAGUCGGUGUGGACCCUGAAGGCUCCAUUCUGGUUGAAUCAAAGGAGAAGAAUGAAACAAAGGUUAUGUAUGAAGUGGAGGGCAUUGGAUAUGACUUCAUCCCCACAGUUUUGGACAGAUGUGUUGUUGACAUGUGGUAUAAAUCAAACGAUAUGGAGACGUUCACCAUGUCACGCAAGCUGAUCAGAGAGGAGGGUCUUCUGUGUGGCGGCAGCUCUGGUUCAGCCAUGGCAGCAGCAGUGAAGAUUGCUCAGCAGCUCGAGGAGGGACAGCGCUGUGUGGUCAUUCUGGCCGACUCCAUCCGCAACUACAUGUCCAAAUUCCUGCGUGAUGAGUGGAUGUAUGAGAGGGGGUUCCUCAGCCUGGAGGCUCCGAUGGACCUCAAACCCUGGUGGUGGAGCCUGACUGUCCAGAGUCUACACCUGUCUGCCCCCCUCACUGUCCUACCAUGGGUGUCCUGCCAGAAAACCAUUGAGAUCCUGAAGGAGAAAGCAUUCGACCAGGCCCCAGUCGUCACUGAGUCGGGUGUGAUCCUGGGGGUGGUGACCCUGCAAACCAUACUGUCCUCUGUGUCAGCUGGGAAGGUAAAACCCUCAGACGCUGUCAGCCAAGUGUUCUGCAAGACUUUCAAACAGGUGCGCCUGACGGACAGCUUGGACAAGUUGUCCCGUAUCCUCGAAACAGACAACAUCGCCCUGGUGGUGCAUGAUCACACCCAGUAUGAGGCUGAUGGGUCAGCCUGCCAGAGGCAGAUCCUGUUUGGCAUUGUGACAGCGAUUGACCUCCUCAGUUACAUCACCACACAUGAGAGUCAGGAUCUGUGCCCAUUUCCUGUUUAAGACGAGAUCCAUACCACCUGCUAACCAAGAGGCAGCACAUGAUCACCUGUGGUUUGGUCUAAAUCAUUUAUUUUCAUGGUUUUACAGUUGUUAUUUUCUUUACCCCAUCUGUUUCCCCAUCUUUAGUUCCACAUAAGCAUUUGGUCCUAUGUAGUUUCAAUAUAUCAUGCUCUUAAAUCAAAUAUAAAAGAUAAGGCUGGUGAGAGUCUGUAUUUUUAUUUUAUAUUUUUGUCAUUAUCUGCUAAUCCAAUGAAAAUACCAAAAAAAAAACCCCAACAAAAACACAUCACAGUGUUGCACUGGCCAAUAUGCUCCUCCAUUAUGAUUGACAUGAGAACUGUAGUUUAUUCACAUUUCAAUACCACACACUGCAAUGUUGUUGUAAAGACUCACUGGUGCGCCAAAUGUGUAUGAAUCCGCAGCUGAAAAUAGUCCUCAGCAAAUGCACUAUUCACUCCUGUUUGAGUAGAAUUUAUUAAAAAUUAGAGAGCCGAGCUGAUAUAGGAAAUAAUUUAAUUUGUUUAAAAAGAAAAAAAAAUGUUUAGAAUCUGUUAAGGUUUACAUCUUCAGUGAGAACACAUGGACUUGGACCAUAUGUACAGGGUAGGGAUGUCAGACAGCAACACUCUUGGUUUAGGUUUUUCCUGGAUGUGCAGGCAUUAAGGAACAUAUAAAAAGGCCUUGUUUAUCCUUUAAUAGUUUAUCUGACCAAUGUUGAUUCAUGUAAUUUUAUUUUUAUGAUUUUUUAAAUAUGAAUCAUUAAAAAUACUUUUUAAAUUAA